UCAUGUAUUUAUUUGAGGCACGUACAUAAAUCUUGAAUAGCGGAGACGCUCUCAAAUAAGUUAAAAAUGUUUUUACUGCGCCCCUUUUUUUCUCACAAAUAAUAAUAUUUACAUUUAUUUCAAUGCGCGAUCUUCCAACAUUAUCCCAUUAAACUAUGCAUUAAGUACAAGCAUUUCUCUGUAAAUAUCUUGUAAUCAACAACUGUCUGGCAUAACAAUAUCACUGACACAAACUUUUUAUUAUUUUUUUGUAUUUAUAAUUUACACAGUUCAGCUCUUUGGACUUCCACACACCGCAAUGGCGUCUAGAUCCCUGCCAAUUGGAAGACACAGCUCCCGAUAUGGAGGAUCCGGUGCGUUUGUUUCAUGGACGCGUGCGAAUUGUUUGGGAACACGGCCAACACACGUUGCAUUCCAAGUUGAUGGUCACCGCUUUGGGCAAGGGCGACCAGUGUCGCAAUGAGAAUAAGCAUCAGUGCUUAAGGAUCGGCGACGAACCCAUACUUUGCAUUUCCAAAGAGCUUGUCUGCGACGGCAUCCGCCACUGUCCGAUAAGCAAUGAAUACGACAGCGAUGAGGAUUAUGAAAUGUGUUGGAAGCGACGCCGCUACGGCGAACCCAUUCCUCCUGCCAUGGAAACAGAUAUUUUUGAGCAUUUUGCAUUGGAAGUUUUUCGUAACUUGUUUGCCUUCGAUGUGCCGGCAUAUGGCGAGAAGACGACAACCACAGCUAUCACUGCAGAGACAGCUCAAUCUGCGCAGGAGGGUAACGGCAGCAGUGGUGUGGUGAAUAGCACCACCCUGCGUAAAGUGGACACGAAGCAGAUGGGCCAAGCGGCGAAUGAUACCAAUACAGGUGGCAAUAGUACAGUGGCGGCCACAGCGCAAGCUGAAAAUAGCACAGAAAGUACUGGCGGCCACCACCAUCGACGCAAUUCGACACGUUCGGGUCUCAAUUCGGAUUUGUCGAAAUAUGGCCCGUGGGGUUAUUUGAUGCUGGGCAUGCUACUGUGUGGUGGCGCUUUGCUGAUUUGUGGACUUUGGGUUUGCUGUUGUCGCUUAAGCUUUCACAUUCAAACCAUCCGUUCACUUUCAGCCUCUGCCUCCCAACACGCAACCAACAAUGAACGCGAAGCAGCAAUGCAGACUGGCGGCGCAGGCGCUGGCAGUGAUCUUCAAUCGAGCAACACCGCACCACCCAAUUACGAGGAACUCGAUCCACCACCUGCCUACUCAGUACUAUUCCCCAACCAAAAGGCAGCUUCCAGCACAACAUUAAGUUCACUCGGCGCCGCAGCGUUAAUGCCACCCACAAUGGCCGCCGUAGCCGUAACAACACCAAAUGGUACUGCAGUGACAACGCCUCCGGGUGUGGUGGCAGCAACUUCAGCUCAAACUAGUACUAUAGCAGCGGCAGCCGCAGCCGCAGCCGCAGCCGCAGCUUCUUCGACAACAGUCGUAGCAACAACAACAACUCGCGUGCAGCUGGAGAGCGCAGCGUGCAGUUCACAGAGUCACUGAUACUUAGCGAUUAAAUAAAAAGCAUGUCGCCGUACCUGGAAAGUGACCGCGUCCAAUAACUAAAUAUACUAUAAGUAUACUUUUAUGAAGCGUAGAGAAGAAGUUUUUCUGAUUAUUUUCAAUUGGAAAAAACGACUGACUUUUUAGCUCGAUUUAAGUAAAAUAACUGUAGUUUUAGGCUAUACAAAAAAAAAAAA